UUUUUUGUACUAACAACAAUAAAAAAAAAUAAAAAGGAAAAAAAAGGGGAAAAAGCACCCUCGCUCGCAUGGUCCUUCUGGUCCAGCUCCCCAACGUCGCCGGCGUCCGGCGCCCGGCCGCCGCCGCGGUCCACCAGAGCUGCCGCGCCGGUCGAAUCACAGUAUAUGCUGCAGCGUCCAGUGGCCGCGUGAAGGAGGAGGAAGAGGCCAAGGGUGUGGGGAAGAAGGAGAAGAUUGUGAUUAGAGUCUCGGACCCGGUGCGGGAGAGGAGGCUCCCGCCGCCGCUGUUCUCUGCACCAGACGAGCCGUCGGUGCCUCCACCGGAUCCGGAGGAGGGAAGGCGACAGGGUGUCGAGGACGGAGAGAAGGCUAAGGGACAGUAUUACGUGAACAUGGGGGACGCCAUCCGGACGCUGCGGGAGGACCUCCCCGUCGCGUUCUACCGGGAGCCCAACUUCCACAUCUACAGGAAAUUUGUUUAAUACCAUCUACUUCAUCUAGACGAAUUAGGGAAUUAAUGAUGGGUGGUUUGUCGAGAUGCUCCUAGGUCGAAUUGAUGCGACGGGUUAUAAGAGUUUUGAUAUUUUCAGGCCGUGUAUAACCAGGCGUAGAUGAAAGUUACCUGUCCUUGCUAUGUUGGCUGCUGGCAAAUUAUGCUUGGUUCUAGUCUUGUUGAAGUUUGAAGAAAA